UGAAGCUGGAGCGUCAUUGGGUGUACAGGAAGGCGUGCAGCCUGCGGCGCGAGUAUGCAGGAAUAUAAUAAUAAUAAUUAAAUAGAUAUUAAAGCCUGUUUAGUUUAGGGCUCCGUGUGUCAGUUGGUUGGUUAUAAUGGUGGGGUUUUAAUCUGUAUUAAUCCGUGUUGAGCGGCUGAGAAGCGGCGGAAUGUGGAUCCUUCAGCCUGCAGAAUCAGAGCCAGGGACGUUCUACUUACUCCCCGGUAAAGAGUAUGUAGUGGGUCGGAAGAACUGUGACAUCCUCUUGGCCAAUGACCAGUCCAUCAGCCGUGUCCACGCCCAGCUUACAGUCGCUGACCAGACGGUCACGCUAAAGGACAGCUCUAAAUAUGGCACUUUUGUUAAUGAUGAGCAGCUCACGACCAACUCCACCAAGACUGUGCAUGAUGGUGACCGCCUCACUUUUGGGGUCUUCCAGAGCAAGUUCAGACUGAAGCUGAACUCUAUGGUGGUCUGUUCAUCCUGUGUUGAUAAUGAGGGGAAGGCUGCGCUCUCCAAGGCUGUGCAGUCUGUCGGGGGAAGACUGGUCAACUCCUGGUCACCAGACUGCACUCACCUUGUCAUGCCCACUGUGAAGGUCACCAUUAAGACGAUCUGUGCCCUGCUGUGCUGUCGACCCAUAGUGAAAGCAGAGUUCUUCACUGAGCUCUCUCGAGCUGUGCAGCGCAAAGAAAAAGUCCUCCCUGCAGCCCAGAACUUUAAGCCGGAGAUUGAUGAGCCCAGUCUGACUAAGCAGGACGUGGAUCUGGAUCCUCGGCCUGAGAGAAAGUCUCUCUUCAGGGACAAAACCUUUGUCUUCCUCAACGUCAAACAGAUGAAACGUUUAAGUCAGGCCAUCACUUGUGGAGGUGGGGUGACCCAGCUGUUAGAGGAGGGGUCUCUGCCUCUGCCGCUGCUGCAGUCCACUGGAACUUGUGUUAUUGAUGUGGGAGCAGGAGCUUCACAAGCACUCGUACCUCCUGCCACCAAGAAAUGGGUGGACUCUGUGGGCCAGGUUUUACACAGAAAUGGUCUACGCUUCAUCGCAGAGUCUGAGAUUGGAUUGGCUGCCAUCUAUGUCAGUAAUCAGACCUACUGUAAUCCCUGUGCCUCUCCGGACUCUGAGUCUGUAAGAGCAAGGCCAGCCAUUGCUGCAUCAACCCUUUCCCAGAAUGCAACAGUGGAUGAGACUGUACUAGCUGGAGCCUCGCAGAACAUCACAGCAUAUGUGGUCAACACUGAACCCUCUCAGGGUCUAGACAGGAUGGAUGUAGGUGGGCCCACAGCUGUGGGAGAGACCCCAGAGAAACGCUCUGAACAGGCAAAGCCACUGAGGGCAACACGUCCGCCAUCAACCUCAUUCAGAAAACCGCCACCAACCAUGCAGCCUCCGGCCCCCCGCUCCCCUCCAGAGCCUAAAUCAUCACUGAGCUCCACUGAGGAGGUGAAGGAGAAGACGAAGGGAGAAUCAGCACCUCCUGAGAGACUCUCAGCCCCUCUGAAAAACUCCAGCUCCUCCCUUAAAAAAUCCCCCCAGAAACAGUCGUCCCUCACAAGCUUCUUCCAGCCUGCCAGCAAAAAGAGGCCACGUGAAGGCAGUGCAGAUUCCCAGCUUUCUGAAGCGAAGCUCUCCAGACGAGAGGAGGAGGAUGAGGAGAACCAGAAGAAGCAAAUUUCGUCCACCAGCCGGACUCCUAUAAACUCACAAACAGGCCAAAAGCUCCAGAGUGGCUCCAGCCAGCGCUCUGAUUUCAGUGCCAGUCUGGGUUUGGGCUUUGGACUCGGCAGUGGUGACCCUGUUCCCGAUCAGAACUUAGAUUCCAGUCUUCUCUCGAACAGUAAGAAGAGGAAGGAACCAGUGAAAGACUCUGUGGAGCCUGCGGACAAUUUAGAUUUAGAUGUUUCACUAGAGGAGCUCGAGUCCCUCAUGUCUGAGGACAUGGACGAACCCGUGCAGGCGGUGGCCAGUAAGAAACAGCGUUUGGAUCGAGGAGAGAACAGCACAGCCAGUAAACGAGAGGACACUUCAUCCAGCAACCAGAAAAAGCUAAGUCUAGACAGGAGGAGUCAGAACCUGGAGCAUCGGGACUCUGAGAAGAAGCUACAGGAAUCCAGGAGAAUGACUGAUUUGGAGAAGGAUGAGGGACGUUCAGUGCAGAAGAAGGAUAGAUAUGAGUCUGAAGAUGUUAAAGAUGAGGAAGUGUCCUUUGUUGUGGAAUCUAAGGCGAAUCAGAAUGGCUUCAUCAAAGACAACACAGUGGCGCCCAAGCAGGAACCCAAGGUUUCAAGCUCUGUAUCUGCAUCUGAGAAUGACGCUGAUCUUCCCCGGAAACUCCUGCAGGUUGAGUUUAAGUCCCUGACUGUGAGCGCCCCCUCAAGGCCAAAGCCUGGUCCUCUACAGAGCCGUGAUCUGAAUGGGAAGAACUUCAAACGCUUCCGCAAGGUACCCGUACCUGGGCUUGAGGGCUUGCCCAACAUCAUCGGUGGCUCAGAUCUGGUGGCUCACAACCGCAGCAAAAGCUCUGAACUGGAGGAGUGGCUGAGAGAUGCAGCAGAGGAGGAGAAACGACAGGAGCAAGAGGAAACUCUUGGAGACGAUCUGUUCAGGUACAAUCCAAAGCCCUCCAGAAGAAGAUGAGCCGAAUGAAAUCAGGAAGCCAUGUUUAGCAUGAUCCUACAGUUGUGUUCUACAGUUUCCAUCCUGCAAGUCUUGCUUGGUUAUAACGUUUAUCUGAUGUUUGCGUUCUAAAGUUCUGAACGUACUCUUAAAAUUCACUUAAAAAUAACUGUGUCAUGGAAUAACCGCUUUUAGUUUUUGUGAAAGAGAUGUGAGUUUGAAGAGCUUUUACAUUCAUUUUAAGAGCCUUUAAAUGAAGAGAAGAUUCCAUAUACUCUCACAUCUAUACUACAUAUAUGAAUGUUUUCUUAUUAUCUGUUUUGCUAAAGUUUUGCAAAAGCAACCAUGAUUUAAGAAUAAUUUAAUGUGAUGUGACACAAUUAAAUAAAUAUAAAUAAACAUUUAAAACAAAAAACAGACAAUAUAUUUUAUUUAGCAUGUUCUCGUUGAUUGGACUG